AUGAAGUUGUCCCAAUAUCAGCGAGCAACGCAGAUCCUGCUCUCUCUUGCAAUACCAGUCGCGUCGCAUAAUCCAAACGGAAGACCAGGGCACGGGCUCAUUGGCUAUGGCAUCUCCAUGUACAAGCCCCCCUGCGCUUAUGCGUGUCGUGCCUCGAUUACAAACCCUCUAGAUUGCAACAGGACAGCGGAUCACGACAUGGAUAUGGGUAUGUCCUCGAUGGCAAUGGAUGCUCCGAGACCUUCGUGCUAUGCAAACAGUGAUCCCUUCCUGCAGACACUAGCCUACUGCAUGUACACCCACUGUGCUGGUAUGCCCGUCUCAGCUCUGGAGAAUUACUGGGAUUUGAACGUGGCUGGUAGCCUGCAGCAUCAACCGAGCCCGAAGGACUCGUAUCAGGAAGCUCUUGGAAGCCUUGCCAAACCGCCAACCACGACACUUAAUGCGUCUGCGGUUCUGGAUAGUCCUUCUUUGGUCGAUGAAGAGACGUAUUUGGGUAAUUACAAUACUCUCUCCACGUUCGAGGCUGUCGAGACGUCCCAUGAGAGAUGCGGCUUAGUGCUCCUUCUCACUGGUGCAAUUAUCCCAAUCGCCUCUUCGCUACUCCGUCUCGUUCCAUUUCCGGCAGUUUUGCGAGUAUGGUUCAAGGCAGUCUUCAUCGAUCCUCCGGUUAUCGGUCGUCGCCAUAGUUCCCCGACACUCGACACCUUCUUUAUGCCAACUCGAGGACAAGCCCUGUUCAUUGCGUAUCUAUUAACAAUUAACAUAAUCUUGUGCGCAGUCGGGUUUCGAUCUGCUAACCCAAGCACCUGGUACGCCUCCAAGCACGACGAAAUCCUCACCUACGUGGCCAAUCGCGCCGGCGUGCUCAGUUUUGCGAAUAUUCCCUUGCUGGUGCUAUACACCGGUCGCAAUAACUUUCUCCUCUGGCUAACACACUGGUCGCAUUCAACGUUCCUCUUGCUCCAUCGCUGGGUGGCGUUCAUCUGCACUCUAGAGGCCUGUCUGCACUCGGCCAUAUAUCUGCAAAUUUACGUCACGAACAACACGCACAGCACCGAGAGUAGGCUUCCAUAUUGGAUCUGGGGCGUCAUCGCCACUCUGGCGCUGGCCGUCUUGAUCCCAUCAUCCACAUGGCCAAUCCGGAAGCGGUUCUACGAGCUAUUCCUGGCUUGGCAUGUCGUCCUAUCCUUCCUUGCUCUUCUUGCGUGCUACUGGCAUAUCUGGUACAGGUACGGACAUCAAUGGGGCUACGAAACCUGGAUAUAUACAGCCUUUGCUAUCUGGGCCUUUGAGCGGGUGUUUCGGGUAUUGAGGCUGGCGUGCCAUGGGAUUCGGAAGGCGUAUGUCACUGUCUUGGACGAUGAGUAUCUCAAGAUUGAGGUUCCCGGUGUACAUGCACAGGGCCAUGUAUACCUCUACUUUCCCACCUUGGCGUGGCGGGUCUGGGAAAACCACCCCUUCUCCGCGAUUGCCAGUUUCCGACGUGAGGACAGCAUGAAGAGGAAGAUCGCCGUCGUGUCGCAGGAUGUCAAGGCUGAAUAUCUGUCGAAGAAUGGUCCUUCAGUGACGACGUCUCUUGAUUCGGACAAGACGCCGUCCACACCCUCAUCGCAGGACCUGACCACCGACGGAUACUACCAACCAUGCCUCACGCUCUUCGUACGCAUCCAGUCGGGAACAACGCGACAUCUAUGUGCGCGGUCUCAACUCCCGAUUCUAGUGGAAGGAUCUUAUCCCCCAUCGCCCCUGAUCAGUGAUCACUGGAGCAACUAUCCCAAUGUCAUUGCCAUUGCCGGUGGAGUUGGCAUCACCGCUCUAGUCCCGGAUUUGUGCAGCCACCGCGGAGGGCACACGCUAUUGUGGGCUUCUCGCAGCAAAGCUUUGAUCGAGUCGGUACAAGAGACCGUUGGGAACGCUUGCUUGCACAAUCUGAACAUGAGGAUCUACCAUGACCGGCGAAUGGAUAUCCCGAACCUGUUGAGGGAAGAGACUCAGAAGUAUCGGGGUGUGCCGGUUUGUGUUGUUGUCAGUGGGCCGGCGAGGAUGGCAGACGAGGUGCGACAUGUUGUUUCGGAGAUGGUUGGAAAAACUCCAUCUCUACUUAUUUCUUUUGUAGAAGAGUCUUUUAGUUGGUAG